AUGAGCGAAUGGAAAGACGAACUUAACAACGAGUCUGAUGACUUGAAAGAUUUGGAACCUGUUACUGACUCAAAGCCCUCUGCCACAACAGAGGAAGCCAAUGAGACUACUGAAGAUUCCACUGAAGUUGAUAAGGAAUUGGAGGCUAUGAAGCAAAGAGUGAAAGACAUGGAAGCCGAGGCUGCCAAGUUGAGAGACAUGCAAGCCGAAGUCGAGCAACAACUUGCACCCGAAGAAGAUAAAGAAGCUGUCGAUGCUCGUUCAGUCUACGUUGGAAAUGUUGAUUAUGGAGCCUCUCCUGAAGAACUCCAAGCUCAUUUCCAAUCUUGCGGAACCAUCAACAGAGUUACAAUUCUCUGCGAUAAAUUCACUGGCCAUCCCAAGGGUUUUGCAUAUGUCGAGUUUGCUGAACCUAGCUUCGUCAAUGCUGCUGUCGCACUUAAUGAGAGUCUAUUCCGUUCUCGUUUGUUAAGUGUGAAGCCCAAGCGUACAAAUGUCCCUGGAUUCUCUGCUCGUGGAAGAGGUCGUGGCCGUGGAGGAUACCGUGGUGGCAUGGGUGGACCACCUGGCUAUUAUGGACACUCACCCAUGUAUGGUUAUCGUGGUAGAGGCCGUGGAAGAGGUGGUUACUAUUCACCAUACUAG